AUGGACAUCCUCACCAUGGUCGAAGACCAGCCCACGCCGAAGAGCGUGUACAACUGGCGCGUCUACGUAUCGGCCAUGACCGCAUCUUUCGCAUCCUGCAUGAUUGGCUACACGACCUCCUUCAUCGGAACGACAGUAUCACUAGACUCCUUCAAGGACGAGUUCGGACUCUCGUCUAUGAGCGCUUCGCACUCGGGCUUGAUUCAGGCAAACGUUGUGUCUCUAUUUCAAGCUGGGACUUUCUUCGGAUCCAUCUUCUCGUACGGCACUGCCUACCACUUUGGUCGGAGGAUCACGCUGUGGGCUUUCGUUACUCUCUUCAUUGUUGGUGUCUGUGUUACUUUUCUGCCAUUGGAGGACAUCUUGGCCCCGUUCACGCUGGGAGAUUUAUCUCAGGGUUUGGUGAAGGAGGCUGUACUGUGA